CAGCGCGGAAUUACCUUUUGAUUCCCCCCUUUUCAAAUAAACGUUCAUGGGUGGUUGUAUAUUCAUUUCUAAUAGCAUACCACAAUUUAUUUGAACAUGCACGAUUUUUAGGUGUGCAUUUAAUCGAUCAUUUACGGUAUUUUCAAUAUAACUGGUGUUUUUGUCACAAAUUUGAAUUUGAAUGUGCAGAUAUUUUGAAUCCUGUCUUGAGUAACAUUUCAUGACAGAAUUUUCACAAAAAUAUAAAUGAUCUUUAUUAUCAAUAAUUAGAAAACCAUGGAAGUUACAAGACAAACAAGGUGACGAUAAUGGAAGAUACAAGCAACAGAGAGAGAAAUACGAAGAAAAAAAAGUCAUCCAAGAGUUCGAAUGCAGUUGGUGAAUGCGAUGGGUUACCACCACCUCAAUCACUACCUCUACCCUCGGUCAAGUCAUACACAAUACCUAGAAGGUUGACGACAAAUAAAGAGCUUUUAACACCAGCAACUCUCAACAGUCGAGAAGGAAAAGACAUCAUAAAGAAUUUUGAAAACUCGUUGUGGGAUGCUGAUGCUGUUAACUUCACAUUUCAUAAUUUAUACUUGGUAACGAAUGCUAAACUGGAAGCCGAGUACGCAGCUAAAAGAAAAGACAUGAGAAAAGAGAAUCGCUCAGUUGCAGAAACAACAGACAACUAUGUGUUCAAACACAUGAGAAAAAUGGAAGAGUGUGAAAGUAUAUGUCGACAUGGUUUAACAAUUCAAAAAAAAAAUCAGAAAAAUGUGUGCUCAAUUGGUGAUGGGACAUGCGGUGUUUACGUAUGUCGUUGUGCUGACGUCAUCACAAGAAAAAACCGUUUAUACGAUUAUACAUCUGAAGUAAUAGUAUUAGUCUUUAAAGUCAUGAAAGGAAGGUUAAAAGUAGUGCAAGAACAAUUUAAUUCUGAUGGAAUCGAACCUACGCCUGAAUAUGAUGGACAUAUAUCAAAAAGUUUCCAACGUGGAAAAAAAAUGAAUUUCGGUGACAUGUACGACUCGUCUCAGAUGUACUUGUAUGAAAUCAACCUGGAUAACUUGGACGAAAAUGAUGACACUGCAAUUUAUUCAAAACGACCUCGUCAAUGUCUUCCUUAUGCAGUCAUCACAUUAACUGCGAAACAGAAGAUUUUAAAACCAGUUGUGAAACCUUCACAACCCCCGUCACGUCCUUUGAUGAAUAUUGAUCUGUCUUCAAACAGUACAGAUUCGAUACAUCCCUCUCCUUCCCAAGGAACACUUGAGCUACCACCUGAAGAAUAUGGUCAGCGUCUAUGUUUUGUUUGGGGAGGAUCAUACUACAACAGUAGCCGUUACUUUGCUGAAGUACAAAUCGGUGUGUUUGCUAAACAACCUCUACAUCUACCGCUUCAUGGAAUGCCCAACUUAUGCGUCACCCAAAAGAUCUCACAAGCUAAACUAAUGAAGAUAUUUCCAACUAAAAUCUUCAGAACCCCCCCUUCCAUUUCUUUAAAGCCAGAAGUUGUCGUAAAAGGAUUCCAAUUCAUUCACGCAGAAAUUCAUCCCUCCACUAAGACUUGGAUAAACAUGCAACGGCUACGUAAUAACUGGUUGAAAAACGAGACUGCGGGUGUUUGCACUUUCAACUCUGGUAUUAAACUCUACAUAUUACCAACAUGCGAACUCACUUGUACACUUGGCAUCACUGUCCCUGGACACCAAGAUGUAUUGCAUUGUAUUUUUAUGAGAAAACAUUCAGAUAAACCUACAUACGGCGAGAAUUGCCACAAAUUUAUUAAAAGAGCACAGAUAGCUUUGCGUGAAAGGUUACAGGAGGCAGAAGAAAUAAAAGGACUUCGAGUGGAUGCAAGUGUGCGCAAACUUCCAAAAUAUCCGUUCAACGCAGAUGAGAAGCGUAAAUUAUCAAUGUGUAUAACUCGCUUGAAGCGUGAGCAAGAAAAACAAGUAAAAGAUUUACGCAAGCAAAUGGAAACGAACAAUUCGAUCGGUUUGCAAAUAUCGCAGAGUGAAAUUGUAAAUACCUCGCGAAUUAAAGAAAAAGAAGCAAGCAGCGUAACAAUACCAUCCACAAGUACCACUACCACCACCACCACCAGUCAGCCGCCAGCCAGUGAAGACACUGAGAAAGAAGACAACGAUAUAGACUUUUCAUCGGAGUCGGUUCUUGAACUAUUAAAAGAAGCUGCUCCUGAAUUAAUUAAACCCAAUAUUUGUAAGGUAACGUCAGAAGACAAUGCAACUGCCGACGACAGCGAUCGGUUAGUUGUUGUGUCCGAUUCUCAAGAGACUGGUGAAGAGACUGAUAAAGUAGUACAAAAUUCUCCAGAUAAUAAUAAUGACCGCUCGGAAAGUUUAAUGCAUCACAAAUUCGAUAAAAGUUGUAAUAUUCCAGAUGCUAGAUCCAACUCUGAGAAAACUUUAAAUGUCGUAAAGAUGAGUACAUCAGAUAAAAAGAAAAAUUUACUUAGAAAGGACGUAAAUAAAAAAACACGUGAUAAUGAAGAAAUACCAUUUAUUGGAAGUUCAGAUGUUCAGUCUAGCGGAGCUUCCCUUAUUGUAGAUACAGCAAGCCAAGAUGAAGAUCUUUCCACAAACGAUGAACGGGAUCACGAAAAUAUUAGCUAUUCGGACGUGUCUGACGAUGUUAUGGGAAAAAGAAUAACGGACUCUAAAAACAAUGAACAGUCUGCACCUGAAGGUGGAGAGACGUGUUAUCAAAUGGUUUCUCCCGCUCCUGCUGCACCAAUCGAUUCUGCAGUUCUACUAAAUACACCUGUGUUGGAAAGUGAUGUCAGUCAAUCUACAUCGCAGAGUCCAUGCAAUUUCGACGCAUUAAAGAACGAAAUGAGAAAACAAGGCUUUGCUAAAGAAGCCGAUACCAUGACGUUUCAGGAUAUUUCAAGUGGAUCUGAUCUUGGGGAGAUGGAGUCAGCCCUUCAAGCCACAAGGACAAACGAAGCGCAAAACAUGAGUAAAAGUAAUAGACCACCUAAAAUGGCGUAUCAAGUAGAGCAUGACAAACACACUCUACGAAAUGACAACGUGGAUAAUAUCAGGCCGAAGCAGUUACCUAAAGCCUACCAAGCUGGCUUUAUGGCAAAUAAUAGAGAUUUUGAUUCAUCGUGUUCCAGUUACAGUGAGCAUGAAGGUGAUUGGCGUCAUCGAGAACCCCGUCGACGUUACCGUGACGACAGACGUAGAUCGAGGUCACCUUACAAAAGAGGUCGAUCGCGAAGUCCUCGACGAAGAUAUCAUUACAGUUCUUAUGAUAGAAGGCACCGAUCGCCCAGUCCAAGAAGAAUGCAUCGAGACGGAUUUAGUCACAGGGGACGGUCUACAUCACCUCUUUUUAAUCCAAUAGACGAACGUCAUCGAAGUCAAGCACGACCACAGAUAACGCACGAAAUAACUCAUAAAACACCCACCGACACCCCCACGCAUACCAUGAAUGACGCGAAAAACAAGUUAGAGCUGCAAAGUCAUUCAGCUGUGGAAGCGCAUGAACACGAAGCGCAUGAACACGAAAAGAGGCCUGAAGAACCCUUCACUGAAAGCCAAGCGAGGAAGAAGACCGUUUCACGAAAAUCGCCUCCAAGUGGAUCGACGACUAUUGGCUAUGACGCAAUAUCAUCUGACGAAUCAACAAACGACAGUACAGAUAAACUUCCGACUUCUUCCAACCAGAAAGAAACGAAAGGCCCACAAGACGAGGACGGCACCCUUGGUUUAACGAAGCGUGCUGAAAUCCUUUUCAGUAGUUUGGGAUCAAAACAUCUAAGUGGGGAUGUCAGUAGUACUAAGCAUAAAGGGAGCGCGAAUACUCUUGCAAACUAUGAAAAUGACAAAGUAAGGGCUGACGUUGGUCAAGACAAGACACUUGCUACUGAAGACGUCGUCGUUACCGACUCGGCAGCAAAAGCGUCGCCUUUAAGUGACAUGGAUAUAUCUCCAUUAGGUACACCUGUUAAAGAUAAAACAGAAUCUAUUUCCACGCAACAAUCAGUGUUUGCACCGGUGCCCCCUACUAUGUCAUUUGGUAACGUGCCUUUGCCUAUACUUACGCCCACUGUACCGCUUCUGUUUCCAAACGCCAUUUAUCAACCAUACCAACGCCCAGUACGCUUUAUUGCUACUCUUCCAACACAAUAUCCGCUACAAUAUCGUCCGGUAAAUACCUCUGGGCAAGUUGUGAGAACAAUGCUUCCGUCUGAGUUGACAGCUACGAGUCAAUUUCGACCAUUAAAUCACGAACUAAUACAAAAAGAGUCAACACAUAGCCAACAUCCCGUUUAUCAAAAGGGACCGACAUCACGUUCACCCAACUCUACGCCGACAGUGGAUGAAGAACCGUUGCUAACAAAGACAUGCGACAAACCGCCAUCAGCAUCAGCACAUGAGAAUCUGCCACUGCCUAGAUCUGCAAACACAACGCCUACACUUGAUGAAAAACCGUCGGAAACGAUACCAACAUUCGGUCAGACAUUGACGCCGAGACUUUUAUUAAACUCGACACCCACAUUCGACGAGGAGCCGUCAAUCAAUGUGACGCAAACAACAGAGAAUAAAAUUAAACGAACACCGCAUGUUUCUCAGGUAGAUGAGUUACCAUUUCGCCAAGCAGAGCAUUCUAAGAGCAGCAACUCUGAAACAGUUUGUACUACAGACGAGAAGGUUCUGCAAACUGAAGGCUUAGUCUCCUCAUUAAAAGAGUGGUCAAAUAAGCUUAAACACCACUCGCUUGACUUAUUUUGUGAAAAUUUAAUAAGGAGUGUUUCUGAGGAGUACGAGUAGUUGUUUGUAACGUUCCGAGUGUCUUUAGUUCCGAGUGUCUCUUCCUGCUUCCGAGAUUUUAACCGUGUAUAGCGAAGGGUUUUUAAACUUCGAUCGCUAAAAAUGUUCUUAUCGUAUCACGUCGACUUUGUGUUAAAUUUGUGUUGGAUGUUCUGUUGAAAGGAUGUUUGUCCUGUAGUUUUUUGCUUUCGUCUUUUGUUUCUUGCGAAAAGUUUAUUUUGUUUAUAUUUAUAUACAUGAGUGUAAAUAGUGUUAAAUUAGAUGCAGUACUGUUUUUUACACGUGUAAAUAUUUAUGUUUUUUUUUUUUCAAUUUCUUAUGACACAGUG